AUGAAACAUGCUGUAAACAAUGCAGAGGUGUUUGGAAUUGAGAAAGAUCGUGUGUUGUUCUUGAAUGACUUUUUAAGUGCCGUGGGGCAACUGAAGUUUCGAGGAACUUCACUUUUGUUACGCUCACCCCAGUCUGUUCUCUCUAUUAUGAAGAAGAGUUGCAAAGACAGUGGAAAACAAAAUGAACCACCAUUCAAACGACAACGGUCUGAUCAUUGCCAGCAAGGUGAUGUUGAAGCAAAUCGUUUAGACACAUCUUCACAGUUUGAAUACAGUAAUUAUGAAGUUGAUGAAGCAUCAAGUAAUAAUGAACUGUAUAAGAAUGCCCAAAUGGACAGUGUCUUUAUCUCUGGUGGUCAUUACGAUCUAGCAACUCACUCUGUAAGAGUGCGACGAAGUGGAACCCUUGUAGAUGUUCACUCUCUCUGGGAACUUGAAGGUAAGCCAUAUUUUUCUGAUUUCACUCCUUCU